AUGGCACAAUAUGACUCCGAGGCCGAGUCGAUCCAAAGCGUCGCUUCACCAUCGCAAAAGUUCGUCCCAGAGGAAGACGACGACGAGAACUUGUGGGAAGUUGAGUGUAUUACGGCAGAGAGGAACAAUAUGUUCAAGGUCAAAUGGGUUGGCCUCGAUCCUAUGACUGGGAAACCAUGGGCGCAGAGCUGGGUUCCAAAGAAGGACUGCACACCCGACCUUGUGCUCGCGUGGAAAUUGAAGAAGAAACAAGAAGAGAGGAGGAAAUCCACCGCGUCGACUAAGGGACGCUCAUCUGCUGCAUCGUCGUCUACUGCCGCACCACGAGCAUCUACGUCUAAACUCGCAGAAGCCCGCCAAUCGACUUCCACUACGCGUGAAGCUACGACUGCGAGACGCGGCCGGUCAAGCGGCGUGUCAAUACCAACCACCAAUUCCCCAGACAAUGUCACGAAAUCCAAACCCAAGGUCGCACCACUGCCUAUUGCAGAAGCCGAUGUUGAAAUGGAAUCUGAACAAGAACGAGAAGAUAUCAAAUCCAAGGGGAAACGCGCAACUACGACGCAUGGGAAGAAACACAAGCUUAACGAGGCACAGAGCGUCAACAAUUCUGCUCGCAUGCAAUCCAAAUCCAAGGGCACACCUGAUGUUGAAAUGGAAUCCGAACAAGAACAAGAAGACGUUAAGUCCAAGGGGAAAGGCGCGACUACGACGCAAGGGAAGAAACGCAAGCUUCACGAGGCACGGAGCGCAAACAACUCUGCUCACACGCCUACUGUCAAUGUCAAUAUUAAUGCAGGGAUCGAUAACGAGCAAGAGCCACCCACGACACGCGUCGUUUCGAGACCAAAGAAGAAGCGAAAGGUAGAGGUCGAUACGGUGAAACCGAAAGUUGCGGAGAAGGAGGAGGAGGAAGAGAGCACCCAAGAAGCGGAAGCUUACUCUUCACGGGUAGCCAAUCGAAAAGAGCUCGUCGAGUCAGAGGAGGAGGAAGAGCGCCUGGUCGAAGAGGUUUUAUCGCAGGGGAUUCCCACACCGCCUCGUCAUGAUAGCGAUUCCUCUGUGCAGAUUGUUGACGUUGGCGGCAAGGGUGACCACAAUGAGGAUGAGAUUGACGAAUUGGCCGACGACGAUUCCGUAAUUAUUGUUUCCCAGCCACCUCCCAAGGCCAAGUCUACUACCAAACCUACGAAUCCAUCGCCGAAGGAAGCACCUUCCCCUCCUCGGAAGCCAUCGCCCAAACCUCGCCCAGAAACUUCAGCAGCCUCGACUUUGAAAGCGACGCAUACCAAGCGCGUAUGGUCCGGACAAGCGAUGCAGGUGAAUACAACGCCCCGCAGGCUCAGAGUGGUCGACUACUCCAAUAGAAGCGAAAGCAGCAAAAGCGACAGCGAGGAGAGCGAAAGUACAAGCAGCAAGAGUAGGAGCGAAAGGACCGACAGUCAGAGUAGAAGUAGAAGCAGCAGAAGAAGCAAGCCCAGUAACAGUGAGAAUGAUGAUGACAGCAGCCACAGCGAUCAUCCACAACACUCGUCGUUGGCGAAACCGCGUUAUGGACCGCCGACGGAAGAGAGAUCCGUUUUUUGGGAGGGUCCAGUUGAUCGUGAUGCGCUCCCGGAUGAAGAGCGAUUGACGCCGCGCAGCCUUGCUCGACUUAAGCAAUUUGAUAGGGAGAUGGAAGCGUUGGAAAAGGAAGAAGAGCUGAAUAGGCGCAGAUUGCGUAAAGAACCAAGCGCCGUCCAAGGAUUGUUGAAAGGAGCUGGGACAUCGAAGAGUAGUGUGGCGCAACCCUCGACGUCUGGACAUAAACAGGCUGUUCCGUCUUCAUCCAAGGGCAAGUGGAAGGACAGGAUAGUGGAGCUCAUCAACGUCGACACGGAGAGCGAGAAAGACCUUGUACCGCCUACGAAGCAACCUAUGUCCGUUCCUGAUAAAUCCUCAACCCUUAUGAACCCUUCGAGUUCCAAUGAAGCCGUCGAAAAACCACAUUCCAAACCAGACUCGACUCAUCCUAUCACGACCUCUCUAAUGCGAGAGGCUGGCGACGCAGACAUACGUCCUAUCGCUUCCAAGGCAUCAAAGCAGACCGAUGGCUCUUCUAAGUUGACAAAUGCAACCAAACAGCGCGUCCACAAACCUCCCUCCAAUUCUUAUGAGCACGAAACCAUUCCGGAGACAGAGGCUGAAGAAUCUCAAUCCCAGGAGAAAGGAAAAGGCAAGGCCCGCGAUAUUGACUUGACGCCUCCAGGACAGACUUACCCUACCCUCCUCCAACCACCGACGCCUUCCACUCCAGGGGGGCGAGCUACCCUCAGAUCGAAAAUGCGACCAAAGACGCCACUGUCUCGAGGUCAAUCCAUGUCUGUCACGGGUAAACCCCUCGGUCCCAUUCCUCAGCUCACACCAUCGAUCUUCUACCCCCAUCUUCCGCGUGCGCAACAGCCGGCGUCGUCGCUGCCUGAGAGUAUCUCCGAUGUCGUCGAUUCUGUGAAGCACCCAAGCUCGAAGAUCAGCACACAGAUAGACAACGAUGGCGAUGUGCAGAUGGAGUCCAUUGAGGAGUUUGACUCGCCUGAGAAACCUCUGAGACCAGCAGCAGCGGCAGGUUCUGGGUCUGGUGCAAAUGGACAUCGCGUAGGAAGUGCAGAGCAGAUAUGGGAGUCGGAAGUGGUGAAGAGGGGUCAAGAAAUUGCGGAGGCUGCAAAGAGGAAGGCUGCUGCUGAAGCGGGUUUGCCAGCACCAAAGCCGAAGAAGACUCUCGAUGAUAUCCGUGCAGCGCAUAGUCGGAGGAAUAGCAAUACCAGCGAUACCCAUGGACAACGAGCGGGCCCAGGCGGUCUCGUUCAUCAAACUAUUGUGGAGGAGGACGAAAAUAUACAAGAUGCGUCGACCAUAGCCAUUCCACCUGCUUCGGGACCACGGAUGGAAGACGAAAGUGCGACUCUCCGCGAGAUGGAAGCUGCCUACGUUGAUCUUGACGGCGGUGAUUCACAGCCAGUUCCACCUCAUGUUGCGUUGAGACAAGAGGAAGAGGAGUCGACGCAAGACGCUAUGCAAACCAGGAUGGACGAUGCGUUGUUCCAGGUCUCGAAGACUUCGUCCUCGGAGAACGCUGUCUCGCAACUGGUCCUUGGGUCUGAUCAAGAAACCAACGAUGGUGGCUUGGAGAACAUCCCUAAGAUUGUCGUGCAGGAUCCUAGCCGGCCAGCUUCUCCCCGUCCGUAUUCGGAUGAUGGCUUGCAAAUGGCCAACAUGCGCACCACCAGAUCCCGUUCCAGGUCGCAAACUCCAGCUGUAGUCCCACAACCAUUCAAAGGCCGGGGCAAGGGUAAGGCAAAGGCCACGCCAGCAAAUAGUAGGGCAGGAUCUCUUGCGCCGCCCUCUAAGGCUUCUUCGUCUACGAGUCAACAUCGCGACGAUCUUCAAAAUCGUCUUGAUACUGCCCUCGCACUUGUUGAAACAAAGUCACAAGAGAUAAAAAAUCUUCAAGCUCAACUGGUUUCUGAACGAACCGCGAGUGCCGCGGAGGUCGAAAGGCUUAAAGCUCUGAAUGAAACGCAGGAAAACAUGAUCGCCUCUUCGGCAUCACGAAUGACCGACGCACAGGAGGAGUUCAAGCAACAGCUAGCUGAAGCUGAAACAAGGAACUCUCAGCUUCUCGCGGAGAAGGAGGAGUGGGCAGCCGAAAAACUCCGUCUGCUUGCACAACUAGAUGCAGCUACGAAAAGUAGGGAAAGCGCAGACAAGGAUCGCGAGUUCUUCCGUGAGCAGUAUGCCCAAGCCUCCGGAUAUGUCACCUCCGUACGGGAAGACAACAAAGAGCUUGAGAAGCGUAUCAAGAUUGCUGAGGAGCAGGCGCAGUCUGGUGUUGCGCUGAUUAAGGCGACAUUUGAGAUGCGCGUCAAGAAUUUGGAAACUGAUCUGAAGUCGUGGAGACGGAUGGCGGAGUUUUUGAUUGAGAAGGACAAGCGCACAGAUAACGAUGAACUUAGGCGCCGAGCAGCCGAGUACCCAGAGUUGGCUUCACGCUGUGAACGCCAAAAGAACUCGAUUGAAGUCCUAGAGGAGGAAUAUGACGAUCUAAAGGAAGAAAUGGACCGUGAACGGGCGGCUGACAGAAUGCACAUUGAACGAUUGACGAAGCAAGUAACGAGGCUGAAUGUAGAGCUGAAUGAAGCUCUGACUAAACUGGACAGGCUCGGACGAGCAAACGCUGAAGACGAGAGUGCAGAUUCAAACCCUAGUGCAAAUGAAUUUGUUUACCCUUGUCAAUGGAGAGAUUAUGAUGGCGUUGAAAGUACUCCUUGUUUGGAGGUCUUUCCAACUAUUUCGGUAUGUUCUGUCUAA